CGCCUCUACUCAAAACUGAGAAGAAAAAGAUUAGCAGAACCACAAACCUCAGCCGAAGCUGCUCUCUCUCGUCGCUUCUUCAAUCUGCUCAGAUGGCCAGAUGGGAUGAGAUUUUAUCCCUCCCUGUGCAGAAUCCUCCAACCUUGGAGUUCUCUUCUGCUGAAAUUGUGUGGUCUAAGGUGGAAGGUUGGCGGGACAAUAUAGAUAGAGUGGCUCUAAUACCCUUUGCCAGAGUGGAUGAUUUUGUGAGGGGUGAAUCUGCAAAUAAAGACUGUCCAACAAGAUUUCAUGUUGAAGCAAGGAGGAGGCGGCCUCCAGAGAUGCCUUACAAGCCAAAAGUUGAUGGCAUUUUGGAAUACAUUCUGUAUUGGUGUUCCUUUGGCCCAGAUGACCACCGGAAAGGUGGUAUUGUACGACCCAGUAGGAGUACUUAUGUCCCAAAGAAGAAAUCUGCUGGUCGACCAAAUACAAAGAGAGGGUGCACCUGCCACUUUAUUGUGAAACGAUUAAUUGCUGAGCCAUCAGUGGCACUUAUAAUAUAUAAUCAAGAUAAGCAUGUGGAUAAGAAAGGGUUGCCAUGCCAUGGCCCACAGGACAAGAAGGCUGCUGGAACACGUGCUAUGUUUGCCCCAUACAUCUCUGAGGAUCUCCGUCUCCGUGUCUUGUCUCUGCUACAUGUCGGGGUUUCUGUGGAAACCAUAAUGCAAAGACACAGUGAAUCAGUGAAGAGACAGGGAGGGCCGUGCAACCGUGAUGACCUUCUAACCCACAGAUAUGUUAGAAGACAGGAGAGGAGCAUCAGACGUUCUACUUACGAAUUGGACACAGAUGAUGCAAUCAGCAUCAGAAUGUGGGUUGAAAGCCACCAGAGUCAUGUUUUCUUCUAUCAGGAUUUCUCUGAUUCUGAACCUUUUACUUUGGGUAUUCAAACAGAGUGGCAGUUGCAACAGAUGAUUCGUUUUGGUAAUCGCAGCCUAGUUGCUUCUGAUUCUAGAUUUGGAUCAAACAAAUUGAAGUAUCCAAUUCACAGUCUUAUCGUGUUCAACUCAGACAAGAAGGCCAUCCCAGUUGCUUGGAUAAUAUCACCAAUAUUUUCCAGUGGGGAUGCACACAAAUGGAUGAGGGCUCUUUACAAUAGAGUUCAUACAAAAGAUCCAACAUGGAAGCUGGCUGGAUUCAUAGUGGAUGAUCCUUUAGCUGAUGUCCUCACAAUCAGAGAAGUGUUUCAGUGCUCUGUAUUGAUAUGCUUUUGGAGGGUUCGUCAUGCAUGGCAUAAAAACUUGGUAAAGAAGUGUUCAGGAAUUGAGAUGCGUGCUGAGAUAUCGAGACAGCUUGGGCAGGCAGUUUCCAAAGUCUGCAGAGGACAUGCGACAGUGGGUGUGUUUGAGGAUAUCAUGGAAGAUCUUGUUGAUAGCUCUGAUUUCAUGGAUUAUUUCAAGGCGAUCUGGUAUCCUAGAAUGGGGGUGUGGAUCUCUGCACUGCAAACUCUUCCACUUGCCAGCCAGGAGACGUGUGCAGCAAUGGAGUUCUACCACAACCAACUGAAGCUCAGGUUGUUAAAUGAGAAGGAACCUAGUGUUUAUCAGCGAGCUGAUUGGUUGAUUGAUAAGUUGGGUACGAAAGUGCAUUCCUACUUCUGGCUUGAUGAAUAUUCAGGAAAGGAUGAUUUCUCACGAUAUUGGAGAGAUGAGUGGGUGAGUGGUUUAACAUCUUGGCGCAAAGCAUUGAAGAUUCCAGAUUCUGAUGUUGUCUUGGAAAGGAGAUUUGCAAAGGUUAUUGAUCAGCAGGAUCAGGAUAGAGCGCAUAUUGUAUGGAACCCUGGUUCUGAGUAUGCAAUUUGUGACUGCGGUUGGGCAGAAAUGGGAAACCUGUGUGAACAUGUGUUCAAAGUUAUUAGCGUAUGUCGCAAUAAUGGGUCUUCUAUGUCAUCUAUCAGCCUAUUUCAGUACAAGCAAGCUUUAAUCAAUAUGCUAAACUGCCCACCCAAUGAUUCUUUGAUUCGUGAUCAUGCUGUUUCUUUAGCAGUUCAUGUGCAGAUACAGUUAAAUACGUUAGUUGAUCCAGAAAGUAGCCAGACUAUUGUAGAUGUCAAUAAGCAACAACACAAUGGGGUAGCAUCUGCUGAUCAACAGAGGGAUAUAGUACAAGAAAGCAAUUGUCCUAAGGAGAAUGUAUCAUCUUCUAGGGAGAGUGGUGAUAGUGUUGGACAUGAGGGUCCUGGUGGUAUUGGAGGUGUUUUGGGUGGUGAUUUGAUUGAUAAGGUAGCUAGUGGAGAAGGCUAUUGUGGUGAGACUGCUGGAGAUGAAAUUCCUUGUUCGGAUAUGGAUGUUGAUCCGUCAUCCAUCUGUAACCCGCCGUCUGGAUUAUUUUCUCUUGAUGGACUGGUGUCUAGUGAUAUUUUCUCAGAGAAUGGAGAGAGAUGUUUGGUUGAUGCAGAGCUAGAUAUGCCUGAGAACCAUCCUUCUGAAGGUGAUGCUUUUACAAUUCGAAAUGGGUUUGAAGAUGAUGAUUCGGACACCCCUCUGCUAAACAUGAUGGAUAUGGAGCCACAUAUCCAUUCGCAAAUGGUGGAGUCUCCAGAGGAAUGCAACAUGAUCCAUCAAAAUGGUGAUUGCAGCGAGAAUGCAGGGCCAUUGAUUGUUUCUAACACAGUGGAUGGCAAUCCUCAAUUCAGUGAGACCUUCCCACCCUCAAUAUCCAAGCCUUCACCUGUUGAGGUACAUCCAGUUGAUAUGGUUGAAACUUCAGGUGUCACAGAGGACAAAGAAAGGACAGAUCUGGAAAUCGAGAGAAGCCUGAGUAAGAACCUACCCUUGACUGAUAAUGCUGUUCCAUUAAAUGGGGUUCAAGAUAUCUUAGCAAAUGAUGCAGAUAAAGUUGGCAGCAAAAUAUCUGAAUGCCCAGAAUCAUCACAAAACUACUUGUCAAAGUCAGGUGAUGGGGAACAAAAACAAGAGACACUGCCUGUAGCUAGUGAAACAGUUUCUUGAGAGAACCCAUCAUCUACUGCUGAAUCUUUUAUGGUUAGGAGUGAAUCUCUAAAGAGCACUGAAGAUGGUGAUUGACAAGGUAAGGAAAUCAGGGGGUGGAAAGAAGCAUCACAGGAGAGUCGUCUGCACCAACUAGAUGCUACCAUGGUGACUGUCUGAAGGCUUAGAAUUGUUUCUUUGAUGUAUAUACACCUUUUUUUUUUUUCUCAUUUUGAAGCAUCUGAAAAGCCUUAACCCCAAAAGAGGUUAAGGUGUUAGGGAAUGGAUAAAUUAUAUUUAGUGUGGAAAUUUUCAGGUGCCUAUUAAUUUGAAUAUUGGAAAACACAGUGCCUUGUUAGUUUGAUUUCUUAUACAGCUUGUUAUGGUCCUACCCCACCAAAAGGAUGAGUUAAAAUGAGUUCAGUU